AUGAGUCAGGUAUAUCGCGAGUACACGCACCAAGUCGAGGAUACUAACGACUCGCCAACGCCCGUCAUGGACCGCUUCUAUUUGCAAGGGGACAACACAUCUCUCACAACUAUGAAGAACCUCACGCUCUCUGAGUUUGAGUCAAUUUGGGCGGUUGUGGACAAGCACGUCUUAGACUUUGAGAUGAAGGCUCCAAUGUUUGAGAAGAUGACCCACCGUGUCAUUGGCCUGGUCGAGCCGGUGGUGUUCCCUCGUACCGUCCCGGCCGAUUUGAUGAAGCGAAGCACAAGCUCUAUGGACUCAAGCUCGAAUGCUCUGUUGCAUACCACGGUGUCGCAGUCGACUUGUUUGAACAUUGCCCUGGUCAUGCUCAAGAAGUCGGACAGCGAUCUCGACAUGCCGGACAACGACAUGGGUGUAGAUCGCUGGCCAACACGUUGGGUGUUCUUGUCGACAUGGGAUAUCAAGGUAUCCAGCAUGAGUUCCGCUCGAUCCAACCAAAGCGCAGGCCUCAAGGUGGCUGUGUGA